AUGCAGGCCGCAAUUGCCCCUCCACGAGUUGAGGAACUGCUUGCCCCUCUGCUGGCUUCAUUGCCCGGUGCUUCUAUUUCGCGAGAGCCACCGACUGCCCUCCUGCCCCUCCUCUCACCAAUUCUCCGUCAGCGAGUGCAACUGCUCUCAGCCUCGAGCCAAGACCCAUGGCUCUCCCUCCUCUCCUGGGAUAGUGCAAACGCCUCGAAAUUGGAACAUGCCGCGCAGAAUGAGAGGUUAGAACCGCAUCCUGUGUCUGGCGAGGUGGAGGUGGAUUGGGAAUAUGAUGUGGAAAUCCGGUACAAGCGGAUUGACCAAGAGACUAUGCAAGCAAUGGUCACUCUGCGAGACCUAGGACUAGAGGUCAAGCUUGUAUGGUGUGUAGGAGACGAUUUGGGCGGUGGCGACGGUUGGAGAAUCGGAGAAGUGAGCGGAUCGGAGUCCACAAGUUCAUCAUGGGGAGCAAGCAGCAUCAGCGCAGCAGAAGAAUCCUUCAAAUCAACACAACCCACAAUCAACAUCCACCACAGUACAGACCGCGAUACCUUAUUCACACCCGUAGACGAUGAAGAUGACGACGACGAUUACUGGGCCCAAUACGACAGCACCCCCGGCCGAACCCCAGCCCCGAAAGACCCAGAUCCUCCCCAAGCCCCGCCAAACGGCCUCAAUGGGCCUGCCGAUGAGCUCUCAUACUACGAACAAUAUGGGAAUGUGCAGCCUGCAAUGGAUAGCCAUGAUCCCGAUGAAGCACAGCAGAAUGGCGAUGUAGAGACAUCGUUGGGAGGAGACGAAACCACGAGUGAGUGGCGGCAACACCUUAUUUCGCACCCGGAACCCGACCACCUUGCAUAUACAGAGGAACUAGUACAUCCUGCGUCCAGUAUAGGAAGUAGCGGUAGUGAUACUGUUGCUCGCCUAGAGAGAACAGCGGCUAGAAGCGAGCAGAAUGAGGUGGGCAUCAAGCAGCAUAUUUCGACGACUAUGAAGAGUCUGUAUAGGCUGUCGAAGGUUGGGGGAAUCGAGAGGGAAGAGUUUGAAAGAUUGGUGAGGACUGAGCUGGAGUGUUUGACGCUGAUGGAUGAGGAUGAUUGA